AUGGAUCGUGCCAUCCGACGACAGCCUGCCAAGGGUGAUGUGUUUGGCCAGCCCGUGUGGAAAGAAUCGGACAUCGGUCAAAGCGCUGCCAGUGUGCGAGCGCUGACCUACUGUGAUUUACAUUGUAUCAAACGGGACAAUUUGCUUGAAGUGCUCAAAUUCUAUUCGGCCUUCGCCAAUUCUUUUUCGCGUUCUCUGGUACUCACCUACAAUUUGAGAAAUCGACUCGUUUUUCGAAAGAUAUCUGACGUGCAGCGGGAAAAGGAAUUGAAUGAACUUCACAAAAAUCAACCACCAUUGGCCCCUGACCAUCCUGUACGGCGCUUGAUUUCCCGAUUCUGCAGUGUUGCAUCCUCUACAGCCGGACCGAUCAGUCGAUCCAAUUCAGUCAGUUCAGCAGACCCUCGAGAACGUAACGCGGAACCCACUGCUCCCGAUUCGGCAGCGCAACCGCCUACCAUGCCAGCUCAUGGUUGGGGGCGUUUAAUGAACGCUCGCCGGGAUUUACGGUCACUCAAACCUGGAACGACGUUUGCCGAUCAGCCUGCCAAAUCCAGUUGUGCCAACCAAGCCACAACAGGACCGACAAGUUGCGAGCGGUUUGACGAACAGGAUCGACAACACGAGAAAAUGAUUCAACGAAUCGAUCAAAUCCGUGGACAAUACUUGGCACGAAUAAAAACCAUGUCCAAAAAAAUCGAUCAAAUGGACGAACGAAUAAACGAAGUGGUACAUUUGCUGAAAAACAUUACAUAG